CCAGGUGGAAGUCAACAUUGGAGAAAACGCUCGCAGGACGGCUAAAAGAAACUGAAGAAAAGGCAGAAAAAAGUCUUCUCCUUACAAGGAACCAAUCAAAUGAACAUGGGAGGAGCGCCGAGAAGCCAGUCAGAUCCUAAAAAUUUCUCAUUUCUUCGUUCUUUCUCUCAUUUGUUCUCAUUCCCCUAUAUUUGCACACUCCUCUCUCUGUUUUUCGCUUUCUCUUCAAACGCCUCGAAAAGGCGUCGACUUGAUCCAAAAGCUCCCAAAUCCACACAUCUUUGUCGCUUGCGGUCUCUCCAAACCUUUAUAUCUCUUAUCGCCGGUUUCGUCGCUGACUUUUGAAGUUUGGCGUCUCCCAAACACAAUAGCUUUGUUUCCAGAUAUGAGUCGUACUGUACUUUAGUUGGUGCAGAGUCGUUGAAAGAUUCCGGUAAUCAAAGAGAAGGAGCUUUCUUUUUGUUUUUUAAUGGAGCAGUUUGUUUCUGCUUGAUUUCAGAGUAUUUCCUCAUAUGCUAACUACUAGCAGGAGCAGAAAUCAGCCUAGGGCUGGUAGAUCUUGGUUCUUUUCAGGAAUGGAUUGUUCAGUUUCAAGAAGAAAGCCUCAGCUCCUAGUAAAAAUCAUAAUGGUAGUUUUGCUAAUAGCUGUCUGUAUAUUCUUUCUCAAGCAGACCCCUGGUUUCAGCGGCACAAAUGUGUUUGCCAAACAUGAUUUUGGGGUGACACAUGUCUUAGUGACUGGAGGGGCUGGUUAUAUUGGGUCACAUGCAACCCUUCGACUCUUGAAGGACUCCUAUCGAGUAACUAUAGUGGAUAAUCUUUCAAGGGGGAAUAUUGGGGCUGUUCAAAUUCUCCUUAAGCUAUUUCCAGAACCUGGGAGGCUUCAGUUUAUUUUUGCUGAUUUAGGCGAUGCUAAAGUAGUUGACCGCAUAUUUGCGCAAAAUGCAUUUGAUGCAGUGAUGCACUUUGCAGCAGUGGCUUACGUUGGCGAGAGUACUCUCGAACCUCUCAGGUAUUAUCACAAUAUUACUUCAAAUACAUUGGUCAUUUUGGAGUCCAUGGCAAAGCAUGGUGUUAAAACCCUGAUAUACUCUAGCACCUGUGCCACAUAUGGAGAACCUGAGAAAAUGCCCAUAACUGAAAAAACUCCUCAGUUCCCAAUUAAUCCAUAUGGGAAGGCGAAGAAAAUGGCUGAGGAUAUGAUCCUUGACUUCUCAAAGACUACAGACAUGGCUGUCAUGAUUCUGAGAUACUUCAAUGUCAUUGGAUCCGAUCCAGAAGGAAGGUUAGGUGAAGCUCCCCGACCUGAGCUUCGGGAACAGGGGCGUAUCUCUGGUGCAUGCUUUGAUGCUGCUCGAGGAAUCAUACCUGGACUGAAGGUCAAAGGAACAGACUACCACACGCGUGAUGGUACUUGUAUAAGAGACUAUAUUGAUGUAACGGACUUAGUUGAUGCUCAUGUAAAAGCUCUCGACAAGGCAAGGCCUAAAAAUGUUGGAAUCUACAAUGUUGGAACGGGAAAAGGAAGAUCAGUGAAGGAAUUUGUAGAAGCUUGCAAGAAAGCUACAGGUGUGGACAUCAAAGUGGAUUACUUGGAAAGAAGACCUGGGGAUUAUGCUGAAGUUUACAGUGACCCUUCCAAGAUCAAUAAGGAACUCAACUGGACAGCAAAGUACACUGACCUUGAACAGAGCCUUCGGAUUGCAUGGAGAUGGCAGAAGUCACAUAGAAAUGGGUAUGAUACAUCCUUGAACAUCCACACUUGAUUCAUUUCUUUCUAAAAAUCCCUAUCAGAAGAGAGCGGCUUAUCAGACUAGAAUAUUUCUAUCAAUUCACUGGAAGACAUGGAAGAAAAUCAGAGGUUUCAGCAUUUACAGGAGAGCUCUUUCAUUUGUUAAAUUCAGGUAUAGAAUCAAACUUUUUUUUUUUUUUGGUUAUUUAUUUUAUAGGGAUGGGCAUGAUGAAAUAAGCGAUUCAGUUGAUCACCAUAGCUACAUUGAUAUUUACUUCUAAGUUUUCUUUAUCUUGUAAAAUAUUUUCAAAGUUCAGUGAAAGACAGUUUUCCUCUCUCAA